AUGUCAUCACCACCGUUACCACAACUGGUAUCUAACUGGCUAUUCAAUGUCACUCAACCACUGUAUUUAUACAAACAGUUAGUUUACACCCAUGUAUAUCAAUUCCUUCAACAACACCUCAAGAAGAAUUUGAAUUUCAGAAUACGAACUCAAGUCCAUACAUCUGAGGAAACAGGACAAUCGGAAUUAUUGAUAAAUCUAUUUGGAACAAUUGUCAUCGAUGGGCAUAUUGGUGUGCCCAUUGAAAUAUGGCUCCCAUUUACUUACCCAUUUUCAAAUUAUGACAGAAAAGGAGCUCCUUUAGUGUAUGUUGUUCCAGAUCACAUUAAAAAUUGGUACUUGAAACCAACAAAUAACGUCGAUCCACAAGGGAAAUUUUACCAUCCAUACCUUUCAAGUUGGUAUCGUGAAUUUGUUGAAGGUAGUGGCGAUAUCUCAAACAUUUAUAAUUUGCUUGAGUUGGUAAAUGUCAUUUAUCAGAGUGUGAGACUUGAAGUCCCCAUUGUAUUGCAGGCUCCUGUACCACCAACUAAUGCACCUCUCAAACCAGCUAAGAUUACGGCAGAGCCCUCUUUACCAUCUAUGAGGCAGCAAACUCUCCUGCAUCAAUCAUCACCUAGUCGAACAGCAGUCGUUUCACCACAGAGCACAGGACGUCCACCGCUUCCUGUAAAGCCCCCAAAAGUUGUGUCACCACAGCAUACCCAGUCUAAUGGCAUACCGGAAAAGUACCAGCGGCCCUUACCGCUACCUCAGGAGUCACCCAGUCCUACUCUUUCUAACCUAAACGCGGUUCCUGCAUCGCCUCAAUAUACACAGCAGUACACUGACCAGUACAAUUCGCCUAGAUUACAAGAGAGAGUACAACCCCAAAACGAACCUGUUCAUCAACCUCCUAAGCAAGUACAACUUGAACCUAUAGACCUAGUUGAUAGCAUUGCUCAAUUAUCUGUAGUUGACAACGAACGAAGAGCUGUACUCGAAAAACUAUCACAAGAAUUCAACAACUUCUUUACCCAGGAUCCAAUCCACCACCAUACCCAGUACAUUAAUGAAAACAUUCAAAAGACAAAUUCAUUAUUCACUCAAUUAACUCGCCACAAUCAACAAGCAUUGGAAAAUUCAAAAAACUUGGACGACCACAUAAAUCAUAUUUCUGCACGAUUGUCGAACUUGACCAAUCUAAAUCAAGAAUUGACAAUACUUCAUCAGCUCAAUGAUCAAUCUGAAGAUAAAGUCAUUUUCAAUAAUUCUUUUAAGUUACCUUUAGAUGAGUUGAUCAUACCGGAUCUGCCAUUAGUCAAACAAUUGUACGAAGUUGUCCUGGAAAUCAAAGCUACUAAAGAUACAAUCAAUUUAAUUUCAGGCAAUUUCCAUGGUUCUAAAGAGUUGGUCAAUGAUAAGAAUUUGGAUGCUUGUGUAAAGACGUUGAGGAACUUAGGUCGAGAGUUAUUUUGGUUAGAAUUGACCAAGAACGAGAUCGCAACAAAUAUCAUGAACUUGCAGUCGUAA